GCCCCGCGACGUGGCGUCACCGCGCCGUCACCGCGCCGCGCCCGCCGGGACAUGGCGGCGCUCUGGAGGGGCUGCGGGCGGCUGCUGGCGCGGCGGCCCGGGGCUGCGCAGGCGCUCACCGCCGGGGCCCUCAUGGGAGCUGGCGACGUGAUCGCCCAGCAGCUGGUGGAGCGGCGGGGACUGCAGGGGCACCAGGGCUCCCGCACCAUGAAGAUGAUGGCCAUUGGCUUCUGUUUUGUGGGCCCCGUCGUGGGCGGAUGGUACAAGAUCCUGGAUCAGCUCGUCCCGGGGGCCACGAAAGUCGUGGCCGUGAAGAAGAUGGUCCUGGACCAGGGGGCCUUUGCGCCGUGUUUCCUCGGCUGCUUCCUCGCCAUCACGGGGGCCGUGAAUGGUCUGUCGGUGGAGGAGAACUGGUCCAAGAUCCAGCAGGACUACACGGACGCCCUGCUGACCAACUACUGCAUCUGGCCGCCAGUGCAAAUCGCAAACUUCUACUUCGUGCCCCUGCAGCACAGGCUGGCCGUCGUCCAGUGCGUUGCCAUCGUCUGGAACUGCUACCUCUCCUGGAAAGCAAAUCGGAUGUGAGGGGAAGCCACGUGCCCUCCCAGCCCCCCGCCUGAGCGCUGCCUGCCUCUGCCCCGUCUCCGCAGCCCCUGGAACCGGCGCCCGUGGCUGUGCGCGGGGACGGGGCGCACAGGGUCCCACAACAGCCAUCCCAUCCCGCUCUCUCCUCGCGGGACCUCAUCACCUGCAGCUACGGCUGUCGCUGCUCCAGGGACACGCGGAGGAGAUGGCGGGGGCAGGUCCACCUCGAGACGGGACGGUGCUUGGGGCUGCUGCGGGUCCGGCAGCUCUGCCCCUCGACGCCCUUCUCCGUCCGUGCUCACGCCUCUCCCCGGCCCGUGGCCCCGCACUGGGGGUGUUCCUGCGGCGGCGUUGCUCUGUCCUCCCCCGGUGUGGAUCCCGGGCAGGGCGAGGAGCCAGAGCGGCGGGUGCCGGUGGUGCCGUGGGUUGUGCUUGGUGCUGGGCUGGGUGCUGCCUGCCCACCCCACGCCUGCAGCUCGGCAGCACCCGCUGCCGCCGUUUGGGUGCGUUCACCCCCAAAACGGGUUUCUCUCCAGCUCCUCUGCGGACAGUUGGAGCACCCAAUAAAUGGCAUUUUCCCCUUUUGA